CAUGCAGAACUUUUUGUAUAAAAAGAGCUCAUUCAAAGGUGUCCCUACAAACCACCAGGACUAUCCGAAUCUUGCUUUUACUCAGAGACCCGAGACCAAACAACAAUCAUGUCUGGAGUUAAAGGAGGACAGAAGUCCCAGUGCAAGGACCCCUGCCAGAAGCAAAAUGUCUGCCAAGACCCAUGCCAGGUACAACCUGUGUGCAAGGACCCCUGCCAGAAGCAAAAUAUCUGCCAGGACCCAUGUCAGGUGCAACCUGUGUGCCAGGAUCCUUGCCAGAAGCAAAGUAUCUGCCAGGACCCAUGCAAGGUGCAACCUGUGUGCCAGGAUCCUUGCCAGAAGCAAAGUAUCUGCCAAGACCCUUGCAAGACUGUACAACAGUGUCAGAGCUCCGGAGGUUAUCAGAAAGAUCCCUGUGACCCCUGUGCUCCCGCCCCUUGCCAAGGCCAGGGAAAACGUUACUGAAAGUAUGGAUAGCACCUCUUAAACCAAAGAAAUAGGCAAAAUCGUUACAGCAACAAUACACCUAAUCUUUGAGUCCAAAGGAAGAAAAAAUCAUUAGCUUUAACCA